AAUAGCACAUAGAGGUCUUAAACAUUAAAAUCAAACACAUAUAGAGGUUGUGAUUUGUGAAUAAAGAUGAAGAUGUCGGUAGGACGAGUUGGGUCAGGUCGGAUAUCGAAGCUCCGGUGCUGGGAUUGGUGUAAGGAGCAGAGAACACGUGCUUAUAUCAUCUGGAGGUGCUUGCUUCUCUUGUUACGAUGGGAUGACUAAUGAUCGAACAAGAAGAGUGAUCAAGCCUAAAAUGAUUCAUUAAAACAGUCUGUACAAAGUGGAAGAAAAUCAAUGUAGAUUUGGUUUAGAAUGUUUUCCUUUGAGUCUUAUGUAUAUAUGGUUUUUUACGGUCAGUUUAUUUAGUACACUUUCAAUAUAUAAUGUUAGUUGCUUCAGUUAUAUACUUUAGUCCACGUAACGUAAGUAAAUCUGACCAUAUAAGGCUGGUAUUAGAUGUUUU